UCUCUCGUCUAAAUCUAGGAGAGGACGGCGUAGCGAAGCGGCGGUCGCUGCAUGUGUUGCCGCUGCUGCUGCUCUUCGCCAAGAACGAUGCUGUGGUUGGCGUGUUUAGCAGCAACGCCUGCUGCUCUCUUGCUCGCCCUGUUCGCCUACAACCGGCUGUCCACGAGGAGAUGUAGGUGCACGGCUGACAUGAGCGGAAAGACGGUGGUCGUCACGGGAGCCAACACCGGUAUCGGCUACGAGACAGCCCGCGAGCUGGCACUUCGCGGCGCGCGGCUCGUACUCGGUUGCCGCAGCGAGGAGCGCGCGAGGCGCGCGGUCGAGCAGCUGGCCUCCGAGACGCACAGCACGAACAUCAGCUGGCUGCCGCUGGACACGUCGAGCCCGGACUCGGUGCGCGCCUUCGUCGAGCGCCUGUUGCAGCUCACGCAAGGCCGCGUGCACGUGCUGGUCAACAACGCGGGUGCCGCGGCGCCCACCGACGGCCGUCGACUGACCGCCGAGGGACACGAGCUGACCUGGGCCACCAACUACCUGGGCCACUACCUGCUGACGCGACUGCUGCUGCCGACAUUACUGGAAUGCGCGCCCUCUCGCAUCAUCAACCUGACGUCGGUGGUGCAGCAGCUGGCGCGCAUCGACUGGGACGACGUGCAGGGCUUAAGCGGCAGUACCUGGUCGCCCAGCCGCGCGUACUGCAACUCCAAGCGAGCCAUGCUGCUCUUCGCCGCCGAGCUGGCGCGACGCCUGAAGAACAGCGGCGUGAGCGCAUGCGCGGUGCAUCCGGGUGUGGUAAACACGCGCGUGUCCCGAGGCCUAACGCGCGUGGGACAACCCUGGUUCGGUUUGCUGUCCACCUUGUUCGGUGUGAAGAACGCACGCGAGGCCUGCCAGACGUCUGUGCACGCGGCGUUGGCGCCGGACCCAUGCAGCGGCUGGUACCUGUCCGAAUGCCGCGCUCAGUGGCCUGCCAUCCGCUGCCCCGAGGACGAGCGUGACGCAGGCCGCCUGUGGACUAUCAGCGAGCUCUCCUUCCCGACGUUGCUACCAGUGUCACAGUGACCUCGACGACUCGCCACUGAUCCAGUGUCGGUGUACACAGUCGCUGUACACUGCGCCGCCUGGGAGCAGUCGUGGCGCCUAUAGUUGUCGGACCGUUUCUGUGCACCUCUGAUCGUAACAGUGUUCUUGCAGUGCGCGGUUAUGUCACGUGUAGUUUCGUCGCGUGCGGUGUUCAGACUCAACGAAGGAAGGCAAGUGAUGGGGACGCCAAAAUGAACGUCCGGUGACAAUGCACUUCGCCGGUCCCCGUGAAUCAGUGGGUUCGUCUGUGACGCCUCGCCGAGUGAUCACUGUGCCGAUCCCGCGCAUAGCGCGUAAUCAAAUGCGGUAACUUGGUAUAGGCAUCCUGUGCGCGACGCUUCCUCGACCUGUAGCACUUCUGGUGCCGCGAAGCGAAGUUUCGGGAAUCUAGUCACUGCCUAAUUAAUUGCUACAUAUUCAAACGGCGCGUUUCGUAUGACACUCAGUAUAUAGCGUAAACGGGCGUUCGGACUAUAAAGGAGACGAAGACUCCGUGCCAGUUUGUGCUAUACAGUUACAGGUUACCGCUAGUCCUAUUACCAUUACUUAAUACUACCACUACAUAUAGUCCCUGUUAUAGUGUAUACCACUAGUCCUCAUUUGAACAUAUUCUUUUUGUACGAGUGGGCUCUCCAUGCCUGAAUAUUAAAUGUGAAACUAAUCGCUCUUUUACAGCAGAGUUGUUAAGGUCGAGGUUUGCCGUGUGUCGUAGACAGAAAAUUAUCAUCGUGGACCGGCACGCACCAUCUUCGUCCUUUUCUUCAUCGCCUUCCUCUUCUUCCUCUCUGCUUCUCUACCAGAAGACGUGCACCGCUUUGCCCGGCGAGGGAUGCAAAAACUUGAUGGGAGAGCAAACGAGUACAGAGAGAAUUUUGUGGCGAAAAAAUUUUUCUUUUGACGAGGCGAGAUUCGAACUUGCGUACCCACGAUCCGAGUGCGAGCGUCCUAACCACUCGGCCAUUUUUUUUAUUAUUAUUGCCGGUUUCAUAACACGGCGCAGGAAUCAACAGCAGACACACAAUAAUAAACACAACUGCAGCAAUGUCAAAGCGGUACACACCUAUGAGUAGUUACAUACCUAAAAUUCCUUUAGGUAAGCAAGGGGCUCAACCCUGGAAAGCCAGUCAGCAACAAAGUCUUGUUGUUUGAGUACAUCAGCGUACUGACCAAUGCUUUCGGGAAAAAGCACGCGUGCAGGUCUCCUGUCAGGGUCGCUUUGGAAACCGGCCAUUCUAGCCCGCCAUAGACAAUGGAGGCCAAGAAGCAUUAUUAGAUCGAAAGGCAGUCCAUGCUCAUUUUCUAUUGGUAAAAAUCUUAUUCCAAGUGAGUGCAAGGGAAGUUCUUUUUUGAGCGUUCUCUGUAAAACGCGUCCCAGAAAUAAACCCCUUCCCAACAAUGCAAAAAUACAUGGUCUAUUGUCUCUGGCUUUCUGCAGAUAAAACAAUCAGAACCCCACGGCAUAUAAACACCUCGAUCUUCUAAAAAGGUCCGAACCGGCAGGGUGCCCGAAUGGAACUUAAAGAAAAAAGUUUUUGCGCUUGGCUAAAUUCAAACUCGGCUAUCCAGGCACGCUGGCAGAGCAAUUGGAUAGCCUUGUACAGUAUAGUACAGCAAGGUGGUGAGAAAGGGAAGUGAGGGUGACGUGGACAGAUGUGAGGGUUAGGGGGAGGGAAAGGAGGAUGGGAGACCGAGUACAGAGAGAGAAAAAAAAACAAAGAAAUGGAUAUAAAGAAAGGAAAGGAAGAGAGAAAAAGAUGGAAGGCGAG